AUGGCCAUCGCCCACCUGGCCACCGAGUACGUGUUCUCGGACUUCUUGCUGAAGGAGCCCUCGGAGCCCAAGUUCAAGGGGCUGCGGCUGGAGCUGGCCGUGGACAAGAUGGUCACGUACAUCGCGGUGGGGCUGCCGCUGCUGCUCAUCUCGCUGGCCUACGCGCAGGAAAUCUCCAUCGGUACACAAAUCAGCUGUUUCUCCCCAAGCUCGUUCUCCUGGCGUCAGGCUGCCUUCGUGGAUUCUUACUGCUGGGCGGCUGUGCAGCGGAUGGACUCCUUGCAGGAGAACCCUGGGAACCUUCCCCUGUGCCUGCAUAAGUUUUUCCCCUACAUCCUGCUGCUGGUUGCCAUCCUCCUGUACCUGCCCUCCCUGUUCUGGCGUUUUGCCGCUGCUCCGCAUAUCUGCUCAGAUUUGAAGUUCAUCAUUGAAGAGCUUGACAAGGUUUACAACCGCGCGAUUAAAGCUGCAAAGAGUGUGCGUGACCCCGAACUGAGAGGCGGCAUCGGCCCAGUUCCCAGUUCGAAUGAGAACGUGGGGCAAAGUUUGUGGGAGAUAUCUGAAAGCCACUUCAAGUACCCAAUUGUGGAACAGUACCUGAAGACAAAGAAGAACUCCGGUAACUUAAUCAUCAAGUACAUCAGCUGCCGGGUGCUGACACUCAGCAUUAUACUGUUAGCAUGUGUCUACCUGGGCUAUUACUUUAGCCUGUCCUCCUUCUCGGAUGAGUUUGCCUGCAGCAUCAAGUCAGGGAUCCUGAGAAAUGACAGUGGAAUCCCCGACCGCUUUCAGUGCAAACUCAUCACCGUUGGCGUCUUCCAGGUGCUCAGUUUCAUCAACCUCGUGGUUUACGCCGUGCUGGUUCCCGUGGUUGUCUACACGCUGCUUGUUCCGUUCCGGCAGAAGACAGACGUCCUCAAAGUGUAUGAGAUCCUGCCCACUUUUGAUGUUCUGCAUUUCAAGUCUCAAGGGUACAAUGACUUGAGCCUCUACAACCUUUUCUUGGAGGAGAAUAUAAGUGAACUCAAGUCAUACAAGUGUCUUAAGAUCCUGGAGAAUAUUAAAAGCAAUGGUCAGGGCAUCGACCCACUGGUUCUCCUGACCAACCUCAGCACGAUCAAGACGGAUGUCAUCGAUGGCAGAAAUCUCAAGCAGCCUGAGAUGAUGGGAGGGGAGCAGGGGAAUCAGACAGCGGAGCUCAAAGAUUUGAAUGUACACAGUGAGACGAAAGCAAAUAAUGGAGCGAGGAACGCUCGACAGAGACUUCUGGAUUCCUCCUGCUGAUGAGUUUUUUAGUGAACUUGGGAUCCGUGACUUCUGCGACGUGGGAUUCAUUUUGGCUAAAGUGCCUCUGUCCGGUUUCAGCUGGUUCACAGUAAAUGGUUCCUGGUAGAGGCAGCACACGACUUCCUGAGGAAAAUGAUGGUAAAAAAGUGUUGUGGAAGAACCGUUCCUGCACUUCUUUGAGAAGCAACGCAGAGAGAAGCCACAGCGAGUACGUCAGUUCUCGUCGGAUGAACAGUGGAAAGACCUAGUGUCUGAAAGAAACACCUUUCUGUGCAGAUGGUGUGACAAGACUGAGCUACUGGGAAGCAAGGACUGCAGAAGAUUUCUGUUUUGUUUCAUGGAAUAACAAUAAGCAUGUCAGGAUAGUUGGCUGUGAACCUCCUGCAUGCCCUAGUGACU